CCCCCCCAGCGCUCCAGCCUGCAGUCCGGGCGGUGCACGCGGGGUAGGGGCUGCGCGCCCCCUUUCUGUAGCUGACCACAAAGUGGUGGAGAGAGGAGGACCCUGUGCUAGCGCGGGGCUCGCAGCCGCGGGGGCGAUCGGGGCCACAACAAAAGUGGGCUGGAGGAGCCCGGGCCAGCGGCGCCCCGAAGCAUGCGCACGGCCCCCCGGCGGGCUCGGGCACUGGCGGAGAGCGAGCCCCCUUCGCGGAAGUUCCGCCGGAGCCGCCCGGCGGCCGCCGCCUCCCCGCGGGCGCCGCUUUUGUGUCUCCGCGUCCCGCCGCGUCCCGCCGUGGCCGCCGGCUGGGGCGCUCGGGCGAUCGAUCCGCCGCGGAGGGCUGCGCGCGCCCAGGGGCGCGGCCGGAGCCGGAGCAGCUACUCUAGGCGGCGGCCCCGGGGCGCGGGCCACGCGGGACCAUGGGCAACGGGAUGUGUUCGAGGAAACAGAAGCGGAUCCUGCAGACGCUGCUGCUGCUCGGCCUGGCCGUCGGUGUCCUGUAUGGCGCGGCGCUCUACCACGAGCUGCAGGGCCAGCUGCGCAAAGCCGAGGCGCUGGCGCUCAAGUACCAGCAGCACCAGGAGUCCCUCUCCGCCCAGCUGCAAGUUGUAUAUGAACACAGAUCAAGAUUAGAAAAGUCCUUGCAAAAGGAAAGACUUGAGCAUAAGAAAGCAAAGGAAGAUUUCCUUGUAUAUAAGUUAGAAGCACAGGAAACACUAAAUAAAGGAAGGCAAGAUUCUAAUAGCAGAUAUAGUGCACUGAAUGUCCAGCAUCAGAUGUUGAAAAGUCAACACGAGGAGCUGAAGAAGCAACACAGUGACUUGGAAGAGGAGCACCGGAGACAAGGGGAAGACUUCAGCAGGACUUUCAGUGACCACAAGCAGAAAUACUUGCAGCUUCAGCAAGAGAAGGAACAAGAACUUUCUAAGUUCAAAGAAACGGUGUACAAUUUGAGAGAAGAGAAUAGGCAACUAAGGAAAGCUCACCAAGACAUCCAUACACAGCUUCAGGAUGUCAAGCAACAGCAUAAGAGUUUACUCUCGGAGCACGAACAACUUGUAGUGACUUUGGAAGACCACAAGAGUGCCCUGGCUGCUGCACAGACUCAAGUUGCAGAAUAUAAACAACUGAAAGACACUCUGAAUAGGAUUCCGAGCUUCCGAAAAUCUGACUCUGCAGAGCUGCACAAUGGUACCUUUGCCCAGGUGGCAGGUCCUCCAGAUGGGGACCCUGCGAGGGAGAAGCCCGCAGGAGAGCUGCAGGAGGUGUUUCGAAAUCAUGAAGUGUGGCAGAAAAAUGAAGCAUUGCCUAGAAGAAUGGAUGAAAGGAAAACUGUUCCUCCGCCCCUGAAGGAGGCAGAAGGGAACCCACGCGGAGUGGAGCCCCGAGAUCCAGAGGAGCAUCAGGCGGAGGAGGAGCACAGGAAGGCCCUGGAAGAGGAGGAGAUGGAGCAGGUGGGGCAGGCGGAACACCUGGAGGAGGAGCACGACCCGUCGCCAGAGGAGCAGGACCCGGAAUGGAAGGAGCAGCAGCAACGCCCGCGGGAGGCCGCCCACCCUAUGCAGGGGGGAGCUGGGGCUGAGGCACGGACAUACCUUUCAGCCAGGCCAGAUAUCAAACCACGAUCCCCUUAUGAGGAACAGCUGGAGCAGCAGAGACUGGCAGCUCAAAGGGACCAGGAGGCCCAGCAGCUGCGGCAGCACCAGGAGUAUCUACACCAGCAGAGGCUGCAAGGACAUUUCCUUGGACAGCAGCAGCAGCAGCAACAGCAGCAACAGCAGCUUCUGGCCAGAGAGAUGGCUCAGAGGAGGCAGGUGGAGCCAGAGGACAGCCGGCAACAGCUAAGGCAACAAACUCGUUAUAAUGCCAUGGAUAAUGAUAUCGUCCAGGGAGCCGAGGACCAGGGCAUACAAGAAGAAGGAGGUGCCUAUGAACGAGAUAACCAGCACCAAGAUGAAGCUGAAGAAGACCCAAGGAAUGGACCAGAGCCUCAGGACCCAGCACGUCAGGAAGCUGACCCAGACUCAGAGGCCGAUAGGGCAGCGGUGGAGGAUAUCAAUCCGGCAGAGGAUCCCAAUAACCAAGGCGAAGAUGAAUUUGAGGAAGCUGAGCAAGCAAGAGAAGAUAAUUUGCCAGAUGAAAAUGAAGAACAGAAGCACAGCGACAGAAGGCAAGAGCGUGCAGAGGUGGAGGAGCAUCUGGUGAUGGCAGGGAAUCCAGACCAGCAGGAGGAUAAUGUUGAUGAGCAGUACCAGGAAGAAGGAGAAGAGGAGGUUCAGGAAGAUUUGACUGAAGAGAAGAAGCGGGAACUGGAGCACAAUGCUGAAGAGACUUACGGUGAAAAUGAUGAAAAUGUGGACGAGAAACAUAAUGAAAGAGAAGAACAAGAAGUUCGAGCAGACAACCGCCUCAGAGGUGGAGAGGAGCACUAUGAGGAGGAAGAGGAGGAGGAAGAAGACGGGGCCGCAGGUGCCGAGAAACCCCACCGCAGGGCUGAAAUGUAGCCGAGCGCUGCUUCCAGACAAGGCUCAGCCAGCACACGUUUGCUCAAGCUGCUCUAAAAUCAAUCUGCCUACUGAACUCUAGGAUAUUUAAUUGCAAAGAUAAUUAAGGAUUUAGACUUUUGUAACUUUUGUAUUAGAAACGCUCAUACAUUUUUAUGGAUAUAUUUUGAUAACUUAGGUUAGGAUGUCUUUUAUAUUCAAACCAAACAUGAAUAAGAAAUACCAGAAAGCAAGCCUUGACUCUGUAUCUCAUUUCUCUUGGAUUUAGCUUUCUGUUGCCUUUGAUAACAUACAGGAUCUUAAAAACCGGAGUACUUGUAACAUGCUGUUCAAACUAAGGAGAAUGGCCAGCUCACUAACUGGUGCUCUUCCAGUGUCCCAGUGUAACUCUUCUGGUAGAAUUUUCAUUGGCCCACAAGUCUCUUGAAUGAGACCUUGCCAUUGGGAAGCCAUUUUGGAUAGAAGUUGUUUUAUCAAAUAUGU